AUGUCUUCAGCGCGGUUGACGGAGGUGGAGAGUAAAAUAAAUGAGGUACGCCAUCGUCUGGCAAACCUCAGCCUGAGUUUUCAGCAUGAUGAAGACACCGAGUGCCCGCCCGCAGUUUUCGCAAUAAAAGAGGCUGGGCGAAGAACGUCGCCGUUGGUGGAGCGCGAUGUCAACAAGAACGUCACAGUUAAGAGUGAAGUGCCCGCGCCAACUGGGGAUAUGAACCGCCUGGUAGAGUUGGCCAAACGUGAGGCGGCGCAGAGAGAGAGCUGUCACCCAACACCACAGCGGCUCGGCUGCAAAGUAAGUAAGACAGCUUCGUUUUUGUCAAAAGAGAGGACGCAAGGGGCCCCGCAUGGACACGCGUAUUACGAUUCGACGCCGGCGGACCAAACAACGCAAUAUUGCGGAGCUGCAGUGACGUCGGUCGCGUCCUUUCAGCAGCCGUCAGCCAGACCUGUGAGGAGGGCCCCAUUAUAUUCGUCUGAUUCCCCCCAAUCAGCCUCUUCUUGUUUUGGGCGUUGCUUUGACGUGCGUGCCGCAGCAGCGCCAAUGACGCAGUUGACUCCGGAACGGGGCAGCGGGUUUGAUCCUUUGCAGGCAGUUCAGGCGCGUUUGCGGGAGAAGCUGCGGAAGUCAGUUGUAAGCAGAAGCCUGCACUCCAGCGAAGAGAGCACUGCGCGGUCGCCGUCACCGUCGCUAAAGCCACAGGAACAGUGGCAAAAGACCCAGCCUAGAGUUUCCGUCUGUGUGCCCGACGAUGCAGUGAGCGACACGGUGCAGACAGAGUUGGGGGGUUGUGGAGAACAAGCACAUGAAGGGCCAAAGCGGCCAACUGUGGAGGCAACCACCCCGAACGUGCGGGCGGCGACCAAAGCCGUUCGCCGUGUCAAGCAACAGUUUGCAUCGCCAGCCUCACCGGGGGCGGCAUCGUUGUCGCAUUCUUUGAAUGGCGAAGGGCACCGUCAGAAACACGUCGCCCCCAAACCGGUGAUGAGAGAGGUUUUUGCACGUUUUUCCUCCGUCGUUCACAGCGAGGGCUCCGCGAAUCGCUCAUCCCAGAGGCAACCUCUCCAGACACCGCGUCGUUCUAGCGUCGUUGGUUCUCGGCAGGAAAGUCCUUGCCGAGUUGCCCAACCCGCACUUCCGCUCAAAACGACUCCUCAAAGAACUGUGUUGGAUGUGUUGACAGGCGCGGAGGUAUUUGCGCUUAUGCGCUUGCGUGGCAUUAUCGUGUCCCGUGGGGAAACAGGGGAGAGUGCACUGCCAGAAGCGCGAUGCCACUCCAUCUACCUUUCACAUGAUGAACACAAGCAGCUUCUUGAGCUACGUGCCAAUCUUCAACUACGUUCUUCCUCCGCAAUGAAACUAAACGGCAAGAGGCAAUCACGUGCACAGAGAUCAGCCUCUACGAGGUCGUCGUCACGGUCGUUGCCGUUGCGUCAAUCCUCAUCUGCCGGGCGUGCCGCCACGAAGCAGUAA